AUGACCGUGCCGCUGCUGAAGAUCGGAGCCGUGCUCAGCACCAUGGCCAUGGUCACCAACUGGAUGUCGCAGACGCUGCCCUCCCUGGUGGGGCUGAACGGCACCACGAUCUCCCGGGCCGGCACCUCGGAGAAAAUCCGGUUUGGUGGGGUGAUGCCAGUGGACCCCGAUGACGGCUGGCAAGUUUACACCUCCGCUCAAGCCCCCGAUGGCAAAUGCCUCUGCACAGCGGUCAUCCCGGUGCAGGGCACCUGCUCCCGAGACCUGCGCAGCCGGCAGCUCCGGCAGCUGAUGGAAAAGGUGCAGAACAUCUCCCAGUCCAUGGAGGUGCUGGACCUGAGAACCUACCGCGACCUGCAGUAUGUGCGCAACACGGAGUCCCUCAUGAAGGGGCUGGAUUCCAGGCUGAAGGUGGCCACCGAAAGCCAGAAAAGCCUGAACACUAAAAGCUUCCAGGAGCUGAAGGACAAAAUGACGGAGCUGCUGCCUCUGAUCCCCGUCCUGGAUCAAUACAAAGCGGACACGAAAAUGAUCGUGCAGCUGAAGGAGGAGGUGAGGAACGUCUCGGGGAGCUUGCUGGCAAUCCAGGAGGAGAUGGGCGCGUAUGACUAUGAGGAGCUGCAGCAGAGGGUGCUGGUCCUGGAGGCGCGGUUACAUGCCUGUAUGCAGAAAUUGGGCUGCGGGAAGCUGACGGGUGUCAGUAACCCCAUCACCAUCCGGGCGUCGGGAUCCCGGUUCGGAUCGUGGAUGACCGACACCAUGGCUCCCAGCGCCGACAGCAGGGUCUGGUACAUGGACGGUUACUACAAGGGGCGCCGGGUGCUGGAGUUCCGGACCCUGAAUGACUUCAUCACGGGCCAGAACUUCGUGCAGCACCUGCUGCCGCACCCCUGGGCCGGGACGGGCCACGUGGUCUUCAACGGCUCCCUCUACUACAACAAGUACCAGAGCAACAUCGUGGUGAAGUACCACUUCCGCUCGCGGAGCGUGCUGGUGCAGCGCAGCCUGAACAGUGCCGGCUACAACAACACCUUCCCCUACUCCUGGGGGGGCUUCUCCGACAUCGACUUCAUGGUGGACGAGAACGGGCUGUGGGCGGUCUACACCACCAACCAGAACGCCGGCAACAUCGUGGUGAGCAAGGUGGACCCGCAGACGCUGGAGAUCCUGCGCAGUUGGGACACUGGCUACCCCAAGCGCAGUGCUGGCGAGUCCUUCAUGAUCUGCGGCACCCUCUACGUCACAAACUCCCACCUGGCCGGGGCCAAGAUCUAUUUUGCCUACUACACAAACACUUCUAGCUACGAGUACACGGACAUCCCAUUCCACAACCAGUACUCCCACAUCUCCAUGCUGGACUACAACCCGCGGGAGAGGGUGCUGUACACGUGGAACAAUGGCCACCAGGUCGUGUACAACGUCACGCUCUUCCAUGUCAUAAAGACUUCGGGCGAGUUGUGA